ACAACCGAUAUUCGCGUUGUUCAGAUUGAAAAUGGCGUCCGAGGAGGACUCCUUAAAUAAUAUAACUCUUAAAGGAACGCCUGUUACCGAACUUAAAGUUACAGAUAUUAAGCGAGAAUUGGAGAAAAGAGGUCUUUCAAAGAGUGGAAGCAAGACACAACUUACAGAGCGUUUAAAAGCUCAAUUACUUCUUGAAAAGUUGCAGCAAGAUGCAGCACAAUCUUCUGGAGAUGAACUUGAAGGCAAAGCUCCCAAUAUAGCGCUUCAACAAGACAAUAAAGCAGGACAGAGUGAGUUUGUUCGACAAUAUCUUGAACAGCAGCAAAGAAAUCUAGAAAUACAGAUGGAGGUUAAAAAGCAGGUUGAAGAAGAAAGAAAAAGAAAGUCGGCAGAUGAAUCCUCCGCAGACGAAUCGAACGCUCCCGCUGGGAGUCAAGUUACGGUCGACCCGGACGUGACGUCACCGAAAAAGUUCAAGGACGACACUAGUAACGCACCUGCGAAGUCGAAAGAAAUAGGAAAAAUGCCAAGACCGGCGAGGAAAAGCAGUCGCACAGCUUCGAAGGGUGAAAAUGGACAGGAAGUUGAGCCUGUUAAAGAUAGAUCUAGAUCACCUACACCUGAAAAUGAAAGGCUAAGAGAGCGCACACGGUCAGGAUCUUCGUCGAGUUCCAGAUCACCGACACCAGAAAAACCAUCUCGUAGUAGAAGGGGAAGGCAAGCAAGAGGUAGAGCUUCUAAAAGAGGUACUAGGCGUAGAGGAAAGCAGCCAGCCAAAGAGUCACGGUCAUCUUCAUCAUCAUCUCAAGAGGCAACCCCAAAGAAAAAGAGGAAUAAAAGUGGCAACUCUGUUAGUUCGCGUUCACGAUCCCGAUCUCCACAGAUUGUUGCAUCUGAUGUUAUCACAACGUCCAGACGAUCCACAAGGCGCUCAGCAGCUUCUAGCAAAAUCCCAGUAGAAGAACCACCACAUGAGGAUUUACCAGAUGAUGGAGGAGGGUCCCAGAGUAAGUCAAAACCUGUAGCCGCUAAAGAGAUACCAACACCCACAAAAGUAGUAACCACAGCUCAUGAAAACAUCACUGAUAAAAAAGUUCAGAAGUCUCCUGACAAGGCCCGGAGUCAUGAAGAGCCCAUGGAAGUUGUACAACAGACUACUAACCUUACACCUGCCUCAGUUGAAGAUGAGAAGACACAAGAUUGUGAUACAUUCACAGAAGCCCAGCCUGUGGCUGUGGAGAAAAAAGAGACAUCUACACUAUGUGAUUCACAGGCAAAGGAUGUAGAGAAAACACACAUUACCGAUACUAUGACAGAGUCAAAAACAGUAGAUAAACAGGAACCAGAGGUAGAAAAAAUGCAGCAAAUAAAUGUUGAAUCAGAGAAAAAAAUAGACAAAGAUGUAACAGAGAUUAAAGAGGACACUGUUGUACCAGAGAUCAAAAGCACAGUUAUGUCAGAAAAUAAAGAUGUGGCUAUUGAAAUAGAGAAAAAGCAAGACUCUGAUAAUGAAACUGAGAAAAAACAAGAAUCAUCUGAAAAUGAGACAGAGAAUAAACCAGAUACAAAACAGAACACAGAAAAUAAAGAAGGCACAGAUCAUAAAAAACAUGAAAAGCAAGAAUCUGAAACCAGCAAAAGCUUGUCUGUACAAUCUUUCACCGAGUCAGUUGAGCCAUCAGAGAGGCUAGAAACACCUGAACCACAAAUUGAACCUAAUGCAGAAGCAGAGGAUAAAUCAGACAAGUCAGUGUCUAGCACCAAUAUUGUUGCCCCAGACGUGGCUGUUACUGCUCCGCAGGUUGAAGUGGCUGUUGUUGCUCCGCAGGUUGAAGUGGCUUCAGUUACACCUAUAGAAGUUGAAGAAGCUGAACCACCUGCUGGUCCAGAGACUGUACAACCACCUGGUGAAAGGCUAAACAAAACUAACUUAGACUCAGAAAAAUCAGAACCUAAAGUGGCUAGCAAAGAAUCGCCUGUAAACUCACCAAAAGAUUCUAAAAAUAAAAGAUCCAGAUCUUCUUCAUCCUCCUCAUCAUCGUCCAGGUCAAGAUCCAAAUCACCAGCACCUAAGCGUAAAGCGUCCAGGUCUGAGAGUUCUUCUAGUUCCAGAUCUAGGUCACGUUCUAGUUCUUCAAGUAGCAGCUCAGACUCUUCUUCUAAAGGUAAACAAAGGAAGGCUGAUCAAGUGAUAACAAGCAAGAGAUCUCCCAUUUCAGUAUCACAGGGAAAGUUUGAGGCUGGAGACAAAGAUGAACCAAUGGAAGAGGCCGUAUCUGAAGCUCCUAAGGAAGAAAAUUUAGUUAAAACGUCAGAUCAAUUGACUUCCAGUGUUUCUCCCACAGAAAACCAAGCUAAAAAAUUAAAGGAUCAGAAAAGUCCAAGCAAUGAAUCAAGUUCUUUGAGUACGACAGGGGGUGGUGAUGCAGAUACUUGUAAAGAUGACACUACUAAAGUUGUAUCAAAAGAGGCAGAUUCUGAGACAACCCUCAAAAAAGAUAAAGGUGCAAAGAAGAGGAAAUGGGGCUCCAAAACAUCCAAGGCUGCAAAGACUGUCAAAAGGGCAACUAGUCUAGAAAUUUCUUCUGAUUCUUUAAAGAAUCUUAUCGGAGAUGUGAAAUUAACUGAAUCAGUGUUUGACAUAGAAACAGAGGAAGUAAACACACUUGAUUAUGAUGAGCAUGAAGAGGAUCAUAGAGAUGUUAAAGUUAAGAGAAUUAUUGUACAGCAGUCUCCAAGGUCAGAUGAAGAUGUUAAAGAAGAUGAACCAGCCCAAGAAGAUGCUAGAAAAGUUGAAGCCCGUGAUGAUAGAUCAGAUGAGUCGCAUUCUGAACCUGAGAAAAAAAUUAUCAAAAUUUCAACAACCUCUCCUAAAGAUGGAGGAAAGAAAAAGUUGAAGGAGGGGAAAAAGUUGAAAAAGAAGAAAGAUGAUGUAGAAGAGAAAGAAAACACAGAGGUCAAGGAUACAGAAAAAGAAAAAGAAAAAGUUUUUGCCACCACCCGGUCAAGUAAAGCACUCCUUCCUGUUGUGGAUGAACCAGAGCCUGUAAAAAACAGCCAGUCACCAGCAAGAAACCCCCCCAACCGGGUGAUCAGGAUAGCUGGCCUAGUCAGACCCUUUACGAUUGGUCAGUUGAAGGAACUCUUAAAGCGGUCUGGGGAGCUUGAUGAUGAAUACUUUUGGAUAAAUGAUAUCAAAUCUCACUGCUUAGCAGCUUACAAAUCUGAUGAAGAUGCUGUUAAAGCACGGGCAGCUCUGCAUGGCACCAGAUGGCCACAGUCAAAUCCCAAAAUACUUAUUGUGGACUUUGCUACUGUUGAAGAUGUAAUACAUAGGAAGACUGAAGGAGAUGUUCCACUUCCUGCACUUGUAAAGCGACCCGUAGAAGAUUCUAAAAAGAUCAAAGAACAGAAAGAGGAUGAAGAAAGAGAAAAGAGGUUGAAGUUGAGAGAGCAGAGGGAAAGAGAAGAAAAGGAGAAAGAAACCAGAGAAAAGCGUGAUGCCAGAGACAGAAGAAGAGAAGCUGAGAGGAAAAAUCCUAUUAGAGAAUGGGAUAGAGAUAAAGUACAGCAACUAUCUAAAUCCAGAUCAAGAUCUAAAGAAAGAGAAAGACCUGCCAGGAGAUCUAGAUCAAGGGACAGGGAGCAGCUGAAAAGAAGAGAACAUAGCAGAGAAAAAAAGGAUGAUGAAAGACGGAAAGAAAAGAAGUCAAGAGAUGUCAAAGGGGAAGAAGAACCUCCAGCCAAACUAUUAGAUGAUUUGUUCAGGAAAACUAAAGCAACACCUUGCAUUUAUUGGUUGCCACUUACAGAAGAACAGUCUCUGCAAAGACUGAUUAAAAAACAAGAGUUAGAGAAAGAAAGACAGAAAAGAAUAGCGGCUAAAGAAGAAAGAGAAAAAGAGGAACUAAAGAGAAGGGAGGCUGCAAGACUUGAACGACAACGAGAACGUGAAAGAGAGCGAGAACGCAGUAGAGAGAGAGAAAGAAACAGACAAGAAAGAAGCAGAUCAAGCAGAAGUGAUAGUAGAAGUCGAUCUCGGAGAAGAAGAUAAACUGUUUGAAUUAUCUAUUUAAACAGAAGUGAUUGAUUUUUAAUUACGUAUAUCAAUGCAUUGCUUUUAAAAAAUAAACUUUCAUGUCUAUAUUGGAAAAAUGUUUAUUAAAAUUAUUUGUUUAUAUGGUCGGGUAAAAUUUAAGAAUGAAUAAGAUUUUAAAAAUCCAACUGGGUUUUCAUAAAAAUGAAUGCAAGUAUUUUUUAUAAUGUAUUGUCUACAUGGUCUGAUUAAUAUUAAAUAAAACUGAUUUUAAAACUUC